AUGACUCAGGAAGCCUUGGAGGUCCUGGUGCGGGCUGUGAUGGGGGACGCCUUCAUCCCGGAAAACCUGAUCCUCCCCCAGGUGUCAAGCCGGGAGAAGGUCCUGGCCCAGCGGGAGGAGACCUUCGCCCUGGAGGUUGUUAGCUUCGCGGCUCAGCGGUCCGACCUCGAGAGUCGGCUUGCUGCCCAGCAGUCUGAGCUUGAGACCCGCAGCCAGGGUCUCGAGAUCCGCAGGCAGGAGCUGGACGAGCUCUCUGGGACCCUGGCUGGGUGGCAGAAACAACUGGAGGAGAGGGCCAGCAAGCUGGCCGUUGCCGAGGCGGAGCUGGAGGAGGACCGGAAGUCCCUCUCCAUGCGGGAGUCCCACGCCACCGGCAUAGAGAAGGAACUUGGGCACCAGCGGGACUCCCUCAAGAAGCUGAAGGAGUGGUCGGACAAGAGGAAGGCCGAGCUCGAGGAGAGGUAUAUGGCCCGAACGCUCACGCAGGAGCCGAUUCAGGAGUUCGACUUCGGGGUCGUUUCUGAAGACGACGAACCCAAGACCAACGGCGAGGACCUCUGGCUCCUGUUCCAGGAAGAGCUGGAGGAGAGUAGCGACGACCACUUCUCCUGGGACAAAGUCGAUUCCUCCUCGGAAGAGGAAAUCGACUCCUCCUCUGACGAAGACGACCCAAUGGCCGGAAGCGCCUUUCGAUUCCUCGGCUCCUCCGAGGAGGAUAGCAAGGAGGAAAGCAACGGCAGCGGCGGCUGGAGCAGCGAUGACGAGGCCAGCGAUGGCAGCAGCGCCGACAACAGCGGCGGCAGCGACGACGACGGCGAUGACAGCGACGGCGGAAACAUGCCGGCGUGA